AUGGCUUAUGCUGCUGUAACUUCGCUUAAAGGAACACUAUAUAUACAUUUCUUGCAGUCAGAACCACGCCUGCCUCUUAUAUAUAAACGAAAGGUGGUCUCUCUCCAUAGAAAUCUUAGUUUCCUUCAAGAAAGUCUUGAGAAAUCUGAGAUCGCCUAUGAUGAUGCGGGGGAGAUGAAAGAUGUAGAAGCAGAGAUCAGAGAUGUAACGUUCGAAGCUGAAGAAAGGAUUGAGAUAGAGUUGACUAACAUUUAUCUAGAGGCAAAGGGUUGGACGGAGCGUGUUGCUUGCCUCCUCAGGCUUCAUGGAAUGUUCAAUGAAGCUGUAAAACAGACUGAUUACCUCAAGAAAAAGUUGAUUAAGAUUCAAAGUGAAAAGCAGCUUGCAAAGGGUCCAUCACAAGGUGAAAGGAUCACGGACGUUUCACUCCUUGGUCAGAUAGGGCAAAGAGGACUAUUCUUUGGUUCAACAUCAUCACAGCCUGAUCUAGAACGCGACAAUAAUAUUACUGGGAGUAAAUUUUCCAAAAACGCUUCAAUAAAGUUUGACAGUAGAAUGGUCGGAUGCAACGAGGAGUUCAAGAAGAUAAUGGAUCAACUCAUCCGACAAUCAGCACAGCAGCUACAAGUUGUGUCAAUUGUAGGCAUGGGAGGAAUUGGCAAGACCACAUUAGCUCGGAAAGUUUAUGAAGAUUCAUCUAUUACUUUUCAUUUUGACAAACGAGCAUGGGUUACUGUAUCUCAAGAGUAUAACAACGAACAAAUGCUCCAAUGCCUUAUUGAUUGUUUUAAAGUAGCAUCAAAUGAUAAACAAAGAAAUGACAACUUAGCAGAAAGGCUACGCAAACACUUGAAGGAUCAUAGAUAUUUGAUAGUUAUGGAUGAUAUAUGGAGCUCUAUUGCUUGGGAUAGUGUGCAAAGUUGUUUUCCAGAUGAUAAUAAUGGAAGUCGUAUAAUAUUGACUUCUCGACUAAAAGAGGUGGCUGAAUAUGUAAGUUCAAGUAACUCUACCAUUAACAUGCCUUUCUUAGAUACCAAUGAAAGUUGGAAUCUCUUCUGCAAUGUGUUUGGUCAAAUGAAAUUUCUUUCAGUGUUUGAGGAAGUUGGCAGAUACAUAGUGAAGAAAUGUGAAGGAUUACCUAUAGCUAUUAUUGUAGUAGCUAGUCUUCUCUCCAAGACAGAGGCGGCAUUGGAGAAGUGGAAUAAUGUUGCAGAAAAUGUGAGUAGAUAUGUAAUUGGUGAUUCUAACGAUGCAUGUUCCAAAAUACUAUAUCUCAGUUACAACCAAUUACCACACCACUUAAAAGCUUGUUUUCUAUAUUUUGGAGUUUUUCGGGAAGACUGUGAGAUCCAUGUGAAGAAGGUGGCUAUGUUGAGGGUUGAGGACCAUCAAAAUAUUGAAGAAGUGGCCAUGGAAUGCUUGCAAAAUCUUGUUGAUAGAAGUCUUGUGUUUGUUAGCAAACAAAGCUACAAUGGGAAAAUGAAGAUGCUUGAGGAGCUAAGCAUUAGAGGGCAGAAGUUCAACCGUAUUCCAUGUAGCAACAUCUCAUGGGCAACUAGUUUUCUACCAAAUCUUAAGAAGCUCAAAUUCUUCUUGACUAAUUUGGCAUGGAGUGAUAUGAGGCUUAUUGGUAUGGUUCCAAAUCUAGAGGUUCUAAAACUUAUAAAUGCUAUUGCUAGAGAAGAUAGAAUGUGGGAACCAUCCGAGGAAGGGUUCCAUCAAUUGAAAAAAUUGAGAUUCCUUGUGGUUUUGCGGAUAUCACCACACUAG